CACACCUUACACACACACACCAGACACACACCUCCCCUCUCUGUUACUGAACAUCAGCGUGGCGUGUAACCCCCUGCUUCCCUCCCUCCCCUUCUCGCCCUGCCGCGAGAGCGACGCACGUAUCCGUUCAUAACCUCCGCCAUUAUUCAUCACCCCCCCGUCCUCCUCCCCCUUUCCUCCCAUGGUUCUGUGUUUUUUCUCUUUUCUUUCCUCCAGCUCCUCUUCUCUCUUCCUCCUCCCCUGCAGGGUCUCCACAGAGCCGCUUCCCUUCUCCUCGGUCGGGGUAAUUUAACGCCUCGCCCUCCCUCCUUCUCCCCGCCUCGCUUGUGCCAAACCCAGCCAUGAUCCGUGGCGGGCUAAUUCCCAGACGGUCUUCUCCUCCUUCCUCCUCUUCUCCUCAUCACCCUCCUCCUCCUCCUCCUCCUCCUCGCGGGGCCGACCAGAACGUGGUGACCUCACAGACGUAACUGCUAUCUGAGCAAACGUGUAUAUAUGUGUGUGUGUGCGUGUGUGAAAGGUCAUGUCGGGAAUGACGAGUGGCGUAUGUGUGGAGAGUGACCUCUCCUCAAUGUUGCAGAGAAGCUCCGCCCCCUCUCACCAUCACCCUAAUCACCAUGGUUAUGGCAGUCAAGGGCAGGUGUCAGGCCUGGCACCGAUGCUCGACUACACCACUGAGAUGGACCGGUACCGCUCAUCCAUCGCCACCUUCUACAAGACCAACGUCAACAUGAACAUGAACGUAACAAACUUCCCACAAUCAGCCAAACUGGCGGCCCGUCUAGCAGCCGCUGCUCCCAUCUUCCCCCCUACUGCUGCCAGGCUGGGUGCCAUGGCGACAGCCCCAUGGGGUUGCCAUGACAACAUGAACAUGAACAUGAACCACCCAGCAGCAAUGUUCUGGGGCAGACCCAAACCUGUGGCCACAGCGCCAACACAUCACCACCACCAUCCUUCGGCGACGCCAGGUCACAUGACCUCUUCACACCCCCACAGCAGCAGCAUGCACCAGAGUGGUGGAGGGUCGGGAGGGGGCGGCGGUGGAAGUGAAGGGGGAGGGGCUGAAAAACAUGGACACACUGCAUCACUUCCUGUUACCCAGGGAACAGCACACCAUCACCCCAUAGCGCCUAGCAACGGGAACUUUCUCCCCGGUUACAAUGGCGGGGCCGACUGUGGCGUUAUGAACAAGCAGGGGCACGCCCACCCGGACAUGAUGGGCCUAUCAGAGGGUGGCAACUGCAAUGGGGGAGGGGUUAUGAGUGGUGGCUUCCUGGGGGGGCUGGGAUUACCCCCUGGGGUCAUCGUCAUGGCAAUGGGAUCCGCAGGUGGCGGGAUUUCAGACGCUAGCAGUGCUUUUCAGAUGACGAGCGGCCAGCGGGCCCUAACGGACUGCCAACAGCACACCAACUCCUCCCCCUGCCCCUCCUCUUCCUCCCCCUCAUCAUCAGGGGUGACAGCAGGGGGUGUCUCUCUCUCGUCAUCGUCUUCAUCGUCGUCAGGGACAGUGGCAAAGAGGAAGCGGAAGCGCUGCGGCGUGUGCGGGCCGUGCAGACGGCUGAUCAACUGCGGCGUCUGCUCGUCUUGCCGCAACAGGAAGACGGGUCACCAGAUCUGCAAGUUCAGGAAGUGUGAGGAGCUUAAGAAGAAGCCGGGAGGAGGAGGCGGGGUACUGGAGCGGCCGCCCUCUGUCCCAGCUGGGGAGGCGUUUCGCUGGUUCUUCUAGCCUUUCCUUCGACAGUGGAGUCACCAACACAGACAGACCUAGACUGAAUGAAAUUCAGUGAAAGGUCUACAGCGUCUUGGACUAAAUCAGAGCGGGACUUUGUCAUGUUGGAUAGCCCAGGAAUCCUGCCUCGACUGCAUGGAGGAAGAGGAGGAGGAGGAAGUGGCAGUUUAAUCACAGGAAACAGGAGGGAUUAUUAGAAUGAACUAAAGUUUUAUGCUUUGUUGAGGGUUGUUUAAAGGUAAAACAUGAUGCAGUUCCCAGAUUGGCCUUCCAGGGUAAUGGUCUUGUGCUUGACAGCUGGUAACGCCCACCGUCCAUCACUGAACAAGUUAGAAUCUCAAGGAGCUAAACUGAAGCAGGUUAAUUCACACUGUUAAUCACGUCAGCUUGCUGCAAGUCUGCUGUAUUCAGAUGAUAAAUGGUAAGAUAUUCUUUACUGUUACUUUAUCUUUGGGUUUGAAUUAGGCCUUUUCUGAUUUUGUGGUCAUGUAAUGCCAGAUUUGGUCAAUACCAGAAAGGCAUCUUUGUCUUAAUAUGUGAUUUGCCAUAGUGGUUUUGGUCCAUCUCUGUGAUCUUAGUCAGACAUGUUUAAAUGAGACUUUUCAACAAUGCAGAUAACCAUCCAUCUAAAAUUACUCACAUGUCCAUUGAACCUACCGUAGGUCCAUGAUUUACUGCCCUAGUCCAGUUUUCAGGCUGAAUGUCUGCUGUUCAUCAUGGGACCAAGCAUCCGAGCAUCUUAUUAGGAUCCAGACUACAGGGUUCCCUGGGUGGAACCUUAACUUGUGUCUGUUAACCCUUUAAGCCCAUCAGUAUUGCCCUGUUUGCCCUGAACCAAGACCAAGAACACUCAGGGGAUCAGGAAAGAGGAAACCAAGCAGAUAGUGCAUGUCUGAAGAUGGACAGAUGAAUAGAAACCUCGAUAUCUCUGAAAGGAUAGACCUUAAGCUGUUGUUUUCAGCUGAAGGUGUGAGUAUGAAGAUCGUUUAAACUGAAGGAUUUUUAUUCUGUCAGAGCAAAUAAAAUGUUUCUGGUGUCUAUUUCGAACUGUAGCUCAUUAAAACUCUAGCGUCUAAAGCUUUAAGUGGGUUAGAACUGUGCAGUGACCAAAAAAGUCAACCGUCGGGUAAAAUAAACCCAGUGUUCAUACAGAAAGAACUCCAAACUUCUCCAGACACUGGAGCACUAACCAUUUCCCCGGGCCAGUAAGCGUUUCCAUCUGUGGAAAAACUGCCUUCUUCAUCCUCAUCCUCCCAGCAAAACCACUAAUCCCAUUGUAGCAAAACCCAGGAAGAUUCAGGACUCAGCUGCAGAGACUUCUUCAGUCUGACCAAAACUGGCUGACAAGCUAACCUCAAAGAGGAUUCACAAACUGACCUCAGCAGGAAGUGAUCCAAGACUGUUAAUAUGGACUACAAGUUCCCUACAGUAGGACUACAAUAACCACAUCACUGUUAUCUGUCUCUUCUGUCUACCUCCUUCUCGAGAACUUUACAGGCACCUUGAUUGACUUUUACUGGGCCGUGUUUCUGCUGGUACACUGUGAGCUGCUUCUUAACCUUCUCGCUGGUCCAGAAUUUGUUGGAUUCAUGUGAAUCUUGUCAUUAAUCAGGCAAAUGAAAGGUUCUCAGAGGUUCUGUUGGUUCUUUAAGGCCAAAAGCAAACCAGGAAGAUCCAUUUCACUGCAUUUCUGUUCCUGUAAUUGAGCGUUUCUAAGUACACCGCCACUAAUGUUUGACCCAAAAUAGCAAAUUAGUUUUUGGUUCAGAACGUUCAGUUCGUUGGACCUUGACAAGGACCUCAGAAGGUUCAGAACCAGUUCUUGUGUUCCUGUAUCAGUGCAUAUUGAACCAAGUGGUGACCAGCAGAAGCAUCAAGCUGCAGUUUCAUUGCAUUGUGGGAAUUGACAGGGACCUGUUGGAUCCCCUCAGCAGAACUCUGGGACUUAAAGGAACCGGGCUGGAAGAGAUCAGAACAUUCCACACUGCAACUGUGUCAUUUCCUGUUUGUCGGUUGACAACAUGCUCAGUGAUACCUUGUACAAAUUAAGACCUUCUCAUUAAAAUUUUAUCUUGAAAGUUCA